AUGGGACGAGGUCCAGGACAGGCAACUGUCGGCACCAACGUACCGAGAGCGGGAAGCGGUUCCAACCAGUCGUCUGCAUCUUCCUCGGGCGGCGGGUCCCAGUCCUCGGGCGGCGGCGGAUCAUCGUCGUCAUCCUCGUCAAGCGGCGGGUCGUCCAACGGCUCGUCUUCGGCGGCAGGCGGGGGUCCUCCCGUCACCGGGUCCUGGUCGACACCCGGCCGCGAAUCCUCGCCGCCAACCGGACCGUUUGGGCCCACGCCAGCUAACGGUAGUCCCGUACCGCUAGCUGGUCUGCCUCUGCCCGUACAGUUUGGGCAGGGAAACUCCCGUGCUAGUCCUUGCCCGGAGCAGGAGUCACGGUUCGGGUUCCCCUGGCCAGAGACUCCGCCUGGAGACGCAAUCUACGUGGACUGUCUGAAUGGAUAUGAAGGGCAGAUCGGCAGGUACUGUCGGCCCUCCGGACGGUGGUCUAGAGUGGCGGACAACUGCGUGUCGGAGGACCUGAAGCAAGUCGACAACGACUUAGCGGACGGCCCGAGGGGUAUCGGCCCGGCUAUAGAAGUCGCGAGCCGCUUGAGGCGCAGUCUGGACCCGGACAGGAUUCUGUACGACGGGGAGGUGCAGGUGGCGCGGAAGGCCGUGCGGAAACUGUGCGACUGGGACCCGCUGGGGUUCAAAGACACGGGCGUGGAGGACGCCGCCGACUUCGUCUGGUUAUACAUAGGAGCGGUCGGACGACUUCUGCACAAGAACACCAAGGACCUGUGGGACAACAUCCGCAAUGCUGACCAGGUGAAUGAGACGCUGACACCUCUGGUCUCAGAAGAUGAAGAUGACGCAGAGGACGACACGGCAUUCGAUCCGGUCAUCAGUCUCGUCCUCAAGACGGAGGAAUUUGGCGGGAAAGUGGCCAAGUUUCUCAACUCCUCAAUAAUGGACCUCCUCAAGACGAAUGAAACAAGCAUCGAUUUCGAGGCUAAAAAGGUGGACAUUUCCAACUUUUCCGGACUGUACUACCCUCCCUCGGCGGGGGGAGCGGACUUCACGGGGUGUGCCGACACGACUGCGAACGGCAGCUCGGCGAUUUUCUACCUGCCGAGUUCGGCACUGGAGAAGGGUAACGACCAAAGUGCGGAAGUCGUCAACAUCUUGUUUCGAGAUGUUCCCUUUCUCUUGGAAGGUGAAAACCAGACAAGUGUUUUCAGCAAUGGGACGGUAGGGAGUGUGGUGAUAUCCUCAUCGGUGUAUCCGCCAAUCAAAAAGCGCUUCACUGAAGCAAUCAAGAUUAAGUUUCUACACGAGGAGAUACCUGCGGACAUGUACAGUCGGCGAUGUGUGUUUGUCAAUGAUGAUGGGGACGUAACUGAAGAGAAUCAGUGGAGUGCCGAGGGAUGUGAAGUGGAAGAGUCCACCGACACCUGCACCAUCUGUAGUUGUAACCACCUGACCAACUUCGCCAUUCUCAUGCAACCUGUGGACCUAGAAUUAACAGACGACCAGCAGGGGGCGCUGUGGUACAUCACCCUGGUGGGAUCUUCCGUCUCACUGUUGUCACUGGCGACGACAAUCUUCCUGCUGCUUUUCUUCGGUUGCUGGAAGACAGAGCGGUCGUUCCUCCUGAUGAAUCUGGUCCUGGCCCUCAUGGCGGCACAGGUCACCUUCCUAGCGGGUAUCAACGCAACGAACAACCAGACGACAUGCCGAGCCGUUGCCAUCCUGAUCCACUACUUCUUCCUGGCCUCUUUCUUCUGGAUGAUGGCCCACGGGAUCCAGCUCUUCUUCAAGGUGAAGAGCGUGUUCUCCGCCACACGUGACCGCCGAGUGGAGUUUUUCCUGUUCGGCUGGAUCAACCCCGGCGCCAUUGUGAUCGUGACGUCAGGGGUCAAACCGGACGGGUACGAGAUCGAGAAGUAUUGCUGGUUGUCGACAGACGAUGGGAUGGUUUAUGCCUUCAUAGGACCAGUGCUGUUUAUCGUGGUGGUCAACUUCUUCAUCUUGUUCUUUGUCAUCAAGACCUUCAUGUCCAUCAAGGCGAACUGCAAGAAGUCGGACAUCCAGAAGACCAAGGCCGGGAUCCGUGCCUGUGCCGUGCUGAUGCCGCUGUUAGGAGUGACGUGGUUGGUGGGUGUGAUCGCGGUGGACCAGACCACGGUGCCGUUCCAGUACAUCUUUGCCGCCGUAAACUCCGCCCAGGGACUGUUCAUCUUCAUCUUCCAUGGAAUACAAAACGAAGACGUGAAAGAGUCGUUCCGGCGGUACCGGAGUCGUGCCAAAGUGUCCUCCCUGCGGACCGACUCCAGCCACUCAGCACUCAACGCCAAGCUGAUCGGUAAAAACAACCUGACCAACCUGACCACCAUGCCGUCACCGAAGAGUCAACAUGUCACCAUCAAAUAACCAACGAACGACGUCCAGGAAAAGAGCAGUGUACAGCAUUGCGGCUGUUGGCCAUUCUGGAAUGGAACCAGUCGUCGAUCAAGGAAAAGUGGACGAAGAAAAAUGCAGAGGAAGUCUCUUUCAAAAACGAUCAACUUGCUAACAUACGGGUGGGCAUUAUGACGAGUUUACAUACAUACAGAAUCAAAACGAGUUCUGUUUUGAAUCUAAGUAAAGAUGAUAGAUAUAUUGGUUUAUUGUUUAUUUGCACGUUCGUUUGGUUGAGUGGUUAUCUAUCGAACGUUACUUGUAAAUAAAACCAAGGGGUACUUAAUAUUACCACAAUGUAUUUCAUGUGAGUUAAAAAUACGACAGGUACGUUGACCCUUUUACUUUUGAUAUGGAUGAAGCGCAGCGCUAUGUUCUAAAACUGCUUAACGUAUGCAAGGGGUCAUGUACUGCUACAUCUGUUUACUCUCAAGUAUUAAUGUACACCCUUCAUUUAGUUAUCAUUCUUGCUGUCGUUUAACCCGUCAUUUGAAGUGCAAUGCACAUCAAAUGUGUGUACGCUUAAAGUUGCAUUAUGUAACCUUAGGA